AUGUUCAAGAAAGCCGUGGUCUUCGCCCUUGCAAGUGUGUCUACAAUCCUUGCAGCACCUACUCCUGCGGUGCCCAGCAACACGGACGUCCUCAACUUCGCGUUGACCCUCGAGCACCUCGAGAACACGUUCUACGCGCAAGCGCUCGCGAAGUACACCGCGCAGGACUUCGAGAACGACGGCCUCCCCGCCUGGGUCCGCGGCCGCUUCGAGCAGAUCCUCACGCACGAGGCGACGCACGUUCAGUUCCUCACCGCCGCGCUCGGAGACAAGGCCGUCAAGCCGUGCGAAUACACCUUCCCGUACGACAGCCCGAAGGCGUUCGCGGCAAUGUCGAUGGUGUUCGAGAACGUCGGCGCGUCCGCCUACCUCGGCAGCGCGAAGUUCCUCGCGAACAACGCGGACUACUUGACCGCCGCGGGGUCUAUUUUGGCAACAGAGGCGCGCCAGGCGUCUUGGGUGACGGCGGCCGUCAUGAAGCUUCAGCCAUGGAACGGGCCGUUCGAGGUCCCUCUCACCCCCAGCGGAGCAUUUUCGUUGGCAGCGCCCUUCAUCAAGAGCUGUCCCUCGACCAACGCGCCGCUCCCAGUCAAAACAUUCCCGGCGCUCACCCUUUCGUCCGCGUCUCCUGCCCGCGGCGGCAAAAUUACUGCCACGUUCUCGCAGCCCCAGGGUGCGGCCAACGGAGGCGCGUUCGUGGCGUGGCUGGACGGCCGCCAGGUCCUCUACACGGUGCUCGACAAAAACGGCGCUACCCAGGUCCCAGCGACGCUGAUGGGCACGGUGUAUGCUGCGGUCGUAAAGAGCAAGGAGACGCCAAACGAUGACAAUAUGCUCAGCGGAUUUACGAUCGCCCAGUUCCCCUUCGAUUCUACGGCUAGGACGAAUGUGUAG